GUCACCACCGCGCCACCAGGUGCGCGCCGGAGCGGACGCAGCGGAACCUUCGACUUGGCAGAGAUGCUCCCGUUGCCCCUGGGCUCGCUGCUCCCUGUCGUCGCGGUGGCGCUCCUCGCUGUCGUUGAAGUUGCUGAAAGCCAGAAGGCUGCAGUGGAUGCCCCGUCGGCAGUGUAUCCCGCGGUCAACUUUCAAGUCCUCAAUGUGGAUCAUGUGUUUCUGAGGCAGGGCAGUCCCGAGUCAUCCAGGAACUCCAGCCUGAAGGCUCAGACUCAGUAUGUCUUCAUCACUGGUAAAGGCGGUGGGCCCCUGCAGCCAUCUGUCAACGCUACAUACGGACCCCUGAGCGUAGAUGCCCCUAUUCCCCCCGACCUGCUCCUCAGCGGGCGCAGGAUCCUGCCGGUCAUCCUAGUCCGAAGGGUUCGUUCCUCAUCCCCCGUCGUCAAGAUUCUCUUCCACAUGCCCGCUGAAAAUGACCCGGCUGCGGGGCCAGCAAAGACGGGCUCCGGAGAGGACAGCGGCUGGAAAAGCGCCGGAGCCAAGGCGAAGGACAGGGCCCACUGUGUGACCGCCUACGCCUUCUGGGAGACCAGAGAGGUCCGCGGAGCGUGCCUGGUGUCUCCAGGAGGAUUCUGCGUGGCACAGCUUCGCCCGGAACCGGCCUGGUUCAGCUCGGCCAGCCGAUCAGGCAGCUCCAGCAGGGAAGCGGGAAAGGCUGAAGGGGUCAAGGGGCUCCAGGGGAACCUUGUUGAGGUCUACUUCCAGAGUCGCAGGGAUCGGACGGGCCAGUGUAACCCACAGGACAGCUUGCAACGCAUAGGCGUGGGAAAGGGACGGGGCACCGGGGGAUCGGGGACGCCCAUGAGGCGAAUAGGAAGUGUCAAUCUGCUCAGGACUCUGCCGGGGAACCCCACCUUUUUCCGAGUGAGGCUGGGAGGCGCCGUGGUGAUCCAGACCUCCUCCAAGCCCCUGAAGGACACCGACGUCGCGACUUUCUAUGUCUUCCUGCCGAGCACAUCCACCCUGGAAGCUUUUACUCUCAGGGCGACGGUGAAAGGCGGCCUGGCGUUCAGUGUGGCGCGGCCCAGUGACUCGGCGCUGUGGGACAUCGCCGUGGAGCCCGGCAGAGAAGCGACUCCCAACACUGUCUCCGUCGCCUGCCAGAGGAAGGCUGCUGUCACCGCUAAGAGGGGUCUUGUGGAAGUUUUACAACUGGACUUUGUGCCAAGAGAUGUUUCCGAGCAGGCUGAGAGCCAGAUGAUCUCCUGGCGUCUGGAGUUGCCAGGGAACGUGAAAGAAGUGGGCAUAAUGCGGAUCUACACCACCCAGAGAGAUUAUGUGGGGCUGGCACCUCUGGUCAUGAACACCGAUCUCCUGAACACUGCUGUGCUGACGGGUGAAACGGUGUCGGUACCUGUGAGAACGCUGGCUGUCGAAGCCGAUGGUUCAGUCACCGAUGUGACCAACUAUACCAGCUGUAGGUCUACAGAGGAGGAUGUCGUCAAGGUGUCAGAGCGAUGUGAGUACGUGUACGUCAACGGGAAGGAGACAAUGGGGAGGAGGAGGGUGAUGCUCAACUUUACUUACGGUUUCCUGAGCGCCCAGCUGGAGAUGAGCGUGUGGAUGCCCCGCCUGCCCUUGGUAAUUGACGUGGCCGACCCGGAGCUCAGCCAGAUCAAGGGCUGGCGAGUCCCAGUUAUUACAGGCAGCAGGAGGUCAACGUGGGACAGCGAUGAAGAGGAGGAGAUGAGGAAGGGAAGGGGUUGCAUGCUGCAGUACCAGCACUCUACACUCAGGGUGCUAACACCGUUCAUAGCCCGGGCUGACGGUGAUGUGCCCACUGACCCGCUUACAGGGGAAGAGCCUGCUGAUUACUUCCUGGGUCCAGACUGGCAGGUGGAUGUGACCAAACUUGUUCGGUCCACUCUGAAAGUGGCAGAUCCGGAUGUAGCCAGAGUGCAGGAUGGGGUGGUGCUGCAGGGACGCGCUGUGGGCACUACUACCGUACAGGUGCUGUCCCCGAUGACGUCAUCGGUCCUGGCAGAGAGGAGCAUCAGGGUGGUGGAUGAUAAAGUGAGCGUGACGGAGCUGGGGGUGCAGUUGGUUUCUGGACUCUCUCUGUCCCUGCAGCUCAGCCCAGGGAGCAACAGGGCCAUCGUUGCCAUGGCAACCACCAGGGAGACAAUCACGCAGCUCAAACAGGAAGCGGUGGUCAGCUGUUGGCUUCGGUUCAGCGAUGGCACAGUGGUUCCCCUGGAGCUGUUUGACCGCAGCGUCUACUCCCUGACGGUCUCCAGCCCAGACGAGGGGGUGGCCGCGGUACGCCGCACCCCGCAGUCCACUUUCUUAGUGGCGCAAGGUGAAGGUCGAGGCCAGGGGGCGCUAGUGAGGGUGGAGAUGAGGAUCUGCGAGGAAUGCCAGAAGUCCAAGAGGAAGAGCAAGUUGGCGGUGGGCACGGGGCUCGUCCGGAUCAACUUCCGGAGCAGCAGCAGCAGGGCCGUAGCAGGGGAGGGCGGCGGCAAUAAGGCCGGCGCUGACGGAGGGAGAGAUUCUGAUGGCGGCGCGUCAGAAUUGGUCGGAGAGCCCAAAACGACCCAGCGCGCCCUCGUAGAUGGGGAUGGGCUUAAAUGGUCCUUGAGCCCAGCGGGUACCCCCCUUCCAAAAAAGCCCAUGAGGCCGUACGCCGUGGGAAUUGGAACCACAGCCCGACCUACAAGAAGCGACCCAUUCACCGACAUUCCCGUGACUGCCGCCCCACCCAGGUUGAAUACACCACUGAGCACCGCCAUAUCUAAAGGUACCACAGUGGGUUUGAUUAAUAAAAGGGAAGGUCAGAAAAGAGGUUAUAGAAACAUGCUCGACAGCCCCGAUUCACCUUCUAACAAAGACGUUCCUAAAGCAGAAGUAACACCGAAGAGGGAGCCGCCUAAAUCUAAAACGCCGAAAGUGGACAGCGACCUCAUUACGACGUUUAGGGCCAUGUCGAAUGUGGAAAUCGGCACGUACGCCUUGGCUGGACUCUCCUGUAUAGCCAUCCUGGCACUUCUGAUCAAAUGUGCGUCGAAUAAACUGUGUUUCCGGGGUCAAAAGACGGCGUUACAAGCCGGCCCGUCACCCACGGGGCACCCGAAGGACCACACGCACGACUGGGUGUGGCUGGAAAGCAACAGCGAGGGCAUGCCCGCCCCGGGUGCCCCCGCCCAAGUGUCCACGCUCAAACGCGAGGCCCACCGCCCCGCCGAGUCGCACCAUUCCGUGGACUCGAUCGGCCGAGGCAGCAUGGAGUGCGCCCUGCCCACCGUGAGCGCCGCCGCCCCCGAAAGAACUGCCACGCUGGGCCGCAGCAGGAACAGCUCCCAGCAGCAGCAGCAGCAUUUUCAGGGAGCGGCGAUGAGCCCCAUGGCGAACCGCUCGGCCACCUUGCUGGCCAGGCCACAGCACAGUGAGCCUCUUCACUCCCCCACCAGCAAGAGGAACCAGGUCCAGUUCACCACCUUCACCACCUUGGACAUCAAGCACUUGGCGGCGCUGAAGAAGAACGGGGUGGACCUGAACUGGGCGAACCAACAGACACUGCAACACCAGACCCCCGUGAAGGCCCAGUCCCCUUUACCUGACAUGCCGUGGCCUGUAGUCAAACCUCUAGGAGAGCCCCAGUGAGUGUGUUGAGAUGUUUCCAUCUGUGUGUGUGUGUGUGUGUGUGUGUGUGUGUGUGUGUGUGUGUGUGAGAAUGAUUGAGUCAGAGGGAGUGACAAUAAAGUGACAUAGACAGCUAGUUCAGGUGUAGAUUGUCUGAAAGAAGCUGGCUUUUGUUUUUUGGAUAAAAGAUAAAUCACUUUAGAGGCUGUAUUUAUUGAGAUUAGAUAAAGGAUAUUUUAUAUUAAACUGUGUGCUCUGUAAGCCUGUAAAUACAUUACGUAAUCGUGUACCCAUCAAGAGCAAUGAUUCAAAGCUUUAUUUUAUCCUUAAAAGUGAAAGAUUCUUGUAUCUCAAAAAAUGUGUGCUCUCAGUUGUAAAUACAAAUAAAUAUAUAAUAUUAAUUAUUUCUACAUUUUUAACUCAAAACAUGUGGAUUUUCAUCUCCUUUCUGCAAUUGGUGCCCUGUAGAAACUGUUCCAGAUAUUGCUAGUUGUCGAGCUAAAUGCACUUCGGUAAGGAAUUACUCUUUUAAUUAUAUUCUUUUCCAGCCUUUUGUACUUUUUUUCUCAGAUUCCUCCAGAGAAUACCUGAAGAGUCUGUGCAAUUUGUCAGAGAAUAUGCAACAUUUAUCAGGUUAUUUGGAGCAAUCUUUCACUGCAGACAUCAUUGGAUAUUUAUUCAAAUCAAAUGCAUGUUAUGCAAAUAUAGUCUGCUGUGUUGAAAGUGGACAUUGUUUCUCAAUUUUUUAACAAACUUACCUUUGUCUUUGAGGCCUGCUUCUACAAUCUGAAUAAAUGUCUAAUCUUGCUCUCCUGACAGAGAGCAAUACAUAUUCAACUGUAAGAUUUUUUUUUAGGUGUGAAUGUGUGAAAUGCCUUUUGCAUGUAAGAGCCUCCUCAUUUUUGAA